UAUGGGACGUGGUAGUAGAACCGCCGCUUCCCGUUCACUGUUUAGUUGAGGGGCGCGUCCCAGUAGAGGUCGUUACCUUGGCCCCGUACCUUCUCCGCCUCGGAGGACCCGCCUGGGUGCGGGCGGGCUCGGUCCGGCACUGCGCUGAAAAAAGAUGACGGCAAUCAAGCAUGCAUUACAGAGAGACAUUUUCACACCAAAUGAUGAGCGCUUGCUGAGCAUUGUGAAUGUCUGCAAAGCAGGAAAAAAGAAAAAGAACUGUUUUUUGUGUGCCACAGUAACAACUGAACGCCCUGUGCAGGUGAAGGUGGUCAAAGUCAAGAAAUCUGAUAAGGGAGAUUUCUACAAAAGGCAGAUUGCUUGGGCCCUUCGAGACCUUGCUAUGGUAGAUGCCAAAGAUGCUAUUAAGGAAAAUCCUGAAUUUGAUUUACAUUUUGAAAAAAUAUAUAAAUGGGUUGCCAGUAGCACUGCUGAAAAGAAUGCGUUUAUUUCAUGCAUUUGGAAAUUGAAUCAGCGGUAUCUCCGGAAGAAAAUUGAUUUUGUCAAUGUUAGCUCACAGCUUUUGGAAGAAUCUGUUCCAAGUGGAGAAAAUCAGAGUGUAACAGGAGGUGAUGAAGAAGCAGUAGAUGAAUACCAAGAGUUAAACGCAAGAGAAGAACAGGAUAUUGAAAUAAUGAUGGAAGGCUGUGAAUAUGCAAUCUCUAAUGCCGAGGCCUUUGCUGAAAAGUUGUCCCGAGAGCUGCAGGUGUUAGAUGGGGCCAACAUCCAGUCAAUCAUGGCCUCUGAAAAGCAAGUGAACAUCCUGAUGAAGUUGCUGGAUGAGGCUCUAAAGGAGGUGGAUCAGAUUGAAUUGAAACUGAGCAGUUAUGAGGAAAUGCUCCAAAGUGUAAAAGAACAAAUGGAUCAGAUAUCUGAAAGCAACCACCUAAUUCAUCUUAGUAACACUAAUAAUGUCAAACUCCUAUCCGAGAUAGAGUUUCUUGUGAACCACAUGGACUUGGCCAAAGGUCAUAUAAAGGCUCUUCAGGAAGGAGAUCUUGCAUCUUCCAGAGGCAUUGAAGCCUGCACCAAUGCUGCUGAUGCGCUUCUGCAGUGCAUGAACGUAGCUCUUCGGCCAGGCCAUGACAUGCUUCUGGCAGUCAAACAGCAGCAACAGCGUUUCAGUGAUUUGCGUGAGCAGUUUGCCCGGAGACUGGCCAGUCACCUCAACAAUGUUUUUGUUCAACAGGGUCACGAUCAGAGUUCAACUCUUGCUCAACACUCUGUUGAACUGACUUUACCCAAUCAUCAUCCAUUUCAUAGAGAUUUGCUCCGAUAUGCGAAGCUGAUGGAGUGGCUAAAGAAUACAGAUUAUGGAAAAUAUGAGGGACUAACAAAGAAUUACAUGGAUUAUUUAUCACGACUGUAUGAGCGAGAAAUCAAAGAUUUUUUUGAAGUUGCAAAGAUCAAGAUGACAGGCACAACUAAAGAAAGCAAGAAGUUUGCUACACUGCCUCGAAAAGAAAGUGCUGUCAAACAGGAAACAGAGAGUCUUCAUGGAAGUUCUGGGAAAUUAACUGGAUCUACUUCUAGUCUAAAUAAACUCAGCGUUCAGAGUUCAGGGAAUCGCAGGUCUCAGUCGUCUUCCUUGCUGGAUAUGGGAAACAUGUCAACCUCUGAUCUUGAUGUCGCUGACAGAACCAAAUUUGAUAAGAUCUUUGAACAAGUACUAAGUGAACUGGAGCCCCUAUGUCUAGCAGAACAGGACUUCAUAAGUAAAUUUUUCAAACUGCAGCAACAUCAAAGUAUGCCUGGAACUAUGACUGAAGCAGAGGACCUGGAUGGAGGAACAUUAUCACGGCAACAUAAUUCUGGCACACCACUACCUGUUUCAUCUGAGAAAGAUAUGAUCCGCCAAAUGAUGAUUAAAAUAUUUCGCUGCAUUGAGCCAGAACUGAACAACCUAAUCGCAUUAGGAGAUAAAAUUGAUAGCUUUAAUUCCCUUUACAUGCUAGUCAAAAUGAGUCAUCAUGUAUGGACUGCACAAAAUGUGGACCCUGCUUCCUUUCUAAGUACUACAUUGGGAAAUGUUUUGGUGACUGUCAAAAGGAAUUUUGACAAAUGCAUUAGUAACCAAAUAAGGCAAAUGGAAGAAGUCAAGAUCUCAAAGAAGAGUAAAGUAGGAAUUCUUCCAUUUGUUGCUGAAUUUGAAGAAUUUGCUGGACUUGCAGAAUCAAUCUUUAAAAAUGCUGAGCGUCGUGGAGAUCUAGAUAAAGCAUAUACCAAACUUAUCAGAGGAGUAUUUGUUAAUGUGGAGAAAGUAGCAAAUGAAAGUCAGAAGACCCCCAGGGAUGUGGUUAUGAUGGAAAACUUUCACCAUAUUUUUGCAACUCUUUCUCGUUUGAAAAUCUCAUGUCUAGAAGCUGAAAAAAAAGAAGCCAAACAAAAAUACACAGAUCACCUUCAGUCUUAUGUCAUUUACUCUUUAGGACAACCUCUUGAAAAACUAAAUCAUUUCUUUGAAGGUGUUGAAGCUCGUGUAGCACAAGGUAUAAGAGAGGAAGAAGUAAGCUACCAACUUGCAUUUAAUAAACAAGAACUUCGUAAAGUUAUUAAAGAGUAUCCUGGAAAGGAAGUGAAAAAAGGUCUAGAUAACCUCUACAAGAAGGUUGAUAAACAUUUAUGUGAAGACGAAAACUUACUUCAGGUGGUAUGGCACUCCAUGCAAGAUGAAUUUAUACGCCAGUACAAGCACUUUGAAGGUUUAAUAGCUCGCUGUUAUCCUGGAUCUGGUGUUACAAUGGAAUUCACUAUUCAGGACAUCUUGGAUUAUUGCUCCAGCAUUGCACAGUCCCACUAAAGCUCAUGAAAGAAGACAAGAUAAACUAAUAAAGCACUCUAAGUACACCAGACACUUCGGAAAAAUCAGCCUACUGCUUUGAGAACCCAGACUUAACAUUUUAUGUAUUAUUAAAUGUCAGAAAAAGGGGCAAUACAGUCUACAAGUAUUUUAAGUACAAAAGUACAAACCUAUAUAGUGGUUUUAUUUGCACAAUAGGUUGUGUACUAACAAAGUAUUUAUCUCAUAAAAUGCUUUUAGCCUUUUUCUGUCAAUGAAGAGGCAAUCUUCCUUUAAUGCCUAGCUUCUUGUGUUUGAGAGUUGUUACCCUUUGUGUAAUGAAUUGGAGUUCUUCAGCUUUCAUUAAUUCCCUACUGCUUACAAAUCAUGUAACUACUAAAGUAUUGUACAAAAUUGUUUUUUUUCCCUUUGUCUAAUAUAUGUGGAUAAGUGAACUCGUGAUGAUCAGUGGUAAACUUGGAUUUUCAGGAUUAUAUGACUCUGUAGCACUGAAUAUACCAAUCUGAAAUAAAGGAAUUUUCAAAAAAAAUUGGCAUUUGAUAAUGUUAGUCUUAAGUCUGUUAUGUGUUAUAUUCUGUAUAAAAGCAAGUUCUUACAAAAUAGUAUACAAAAAUUAAUUGCAUAGCCAUACACAAGAAAACACUUAAAAAUGUAAUAAAAAAGAUGCCAUUUAUAAUAGCAUCAAACAUACUUAGUAUUUAGUAUUCUAUGAACUCUCUGAAUCAUGUAAAAUCAGUCUUAUAAUAUGGAAUAUUGGGGAUCUAGUGGUGGACAAUAGCUAGUGAGGGGAAAUGAUAUGCUAAUAUGUUCAGGUAUGUUAAUGAAGGUGAAUUCAAAGGUAUGGUAAUGGAUAGGAUUGACGAUUGUUAAUUGGAUUAUAAGCAUCAAAGCUGUAUUGAAAGCGAAUAGGAUUGAAAGGGGUGGUUUAAAGGCAUUUUUCCCACACAGCACCACAAAUAUAGAUAGGUGCUUGCAUGAUAUACUUCUAAAGUAUGACACUAGCACAGAGAGUUGACAACAGAAGGGUAUAUGGAAAAAAUCUACAUAUUGCAUACUAGGGACUAUAAAUUAUAGGAAUACCAUAAUAGUACUACACAAACACUAGGGACAAAUAAUUAAGGGCUGACGAGCUACAAGAUGUUUUGGGUCAUGAGAAUUGUUUAAAAUGAAGAGUAAGGAGGGUUGCACACUAAGUGAUAAUGUGAGAUAUGGAUGGAUUAUCAUGGACAUAACAUGCUAUGUGAAUUUAGGAACCCCCUGCUUUAUAAGUCAAGCCCUCGAUCUUGAGGCUUACUCGGGUGAAACUUAUGGUUGUAAAGGGAAGGUUAAGCCCAUCUAUAAGUAUGCCUAGGAGUCACCUCCAGAGAACCUCCUUUGUUGCUCAAAUGUGGGCUCCCUCUCUCUAAGCCUAACUUUGCAAAGAAAUUGAUCACCCUUCCCCCGACGUGGAGCAGGACCCCCCAGAUGAAUGAGUCUUCCUGGCGGUGUGGGAUACAGAUUCCACAAAUGAGCCUGACCCUCGCAUUGAGGGAUUGAGAAUGCUUUUUUGACCAAAAGGGGGGAAAGAAAGGCAACAAAAUAAGGUUUUAGUGGCUAAGAGAAUUCAAAUAGAAUCAAGAGGCUGUCCUGGAGGUUACUCCUGUGCAAGCUUUACCUAUAUAUGCCAAAUGACCACAGUAUGAUAAGCCCAAGUCAGCAGUUGUCACCAAAACCUUAAUCCCUAUCUGAGACUCCAUAAAGGUUUCACUCACUAAGUUUAUUCUUCAGAAACUUAAAUUCUUCAGAGAACUCAUGCCAGCAAAGUCCCCAAACCCAGAGGCAAUAGCCUCUUCAAGAACAACUAGAUGUGUCCGCUUUUCUCAUGGACACCCCUUCUUAACAUGAACAACUUAGGGUGGUCACUACCUAGACAUCCCUGAAGAUUGGGAAAGAGGUUAAACUAGAGGAAGGGGUAGCAACAGACAAGAUGGAAUUUAACAAAGAGUUAGGAAUA